UAUCAGUUAUGUGUACAGCAACAAACUGGAGACCUACCACCUACCGCUAAUCAGGCGCGAUGUCUGCGUCGACUGCGUCGCGCGGGACACCCGGCAGGGUAAACGGCACAGACAUCAUAGACUUGGAUCGCUACAUGAGCGCUGCGGUGCGACCAUCGCGACACCGGCCUCAACAUACUCGUGAGCGUCUGAUCGUAGAUGCAGGCGGUGUAAACAGAACACCCGUAGAUCUGAGCUCCAGUACCGACAGUAGUCUAUUGCAAUCGCGCACAUACACUCGGAGUCACUGCAAGCAAUACUCUCACGACUCGGGAAUGUCCGACGGUAGUUACCUGAGGCAAAGAUAUCGACCACAGAGACGCGUCAGCAUGGACAAAUCAACCGAAUCAAGUCGGGCGGUUGGUUCAAACUCGUCAGUGCGCGAAUUCAAAGCUGCAUGCGAAAAGGCGUUACGCGAACAGCAGCAACAAAUAGCUCGUGUUGCAGAACUCUGCGAGAAAUUAGUACAACCGCAAAUCGCACAAAAUUUUCUUCAAACAGCAACUCCAAAUAUGACAAACAUUGGACAAAAUGUUUGUCCUAACAACUCUCCCCAAGUGGCUCAAACUUUUAACUGUAUGAGCCAGAAUACAAAUCAAUUUGGCCAACAUUUGAAGUCCGGAACUGAAAACACUAAAUGCGUUAAACAAAACUUCGGUCAAAGCGUAAGCCAAGUUAGACGCGUUAAUCAACAUAUUUCAUCAUGUACGAGUGACCUUACAUCCAGCAGUUAUAGCACAAGAAAUGGUAAAAUACGAGACAGACAUCGAUCUGAUUCGUGUAAAACUUACAAACUUAUAAUCGGAAAAUUGGAUGAACUAAGUCAGCUGUUUGCGGUUCGACGAGUUCCUGUUCAAACUCAACCUGUCAGGGGGUCCUCUGGGUCGGUGUCGAUGAGCGACAAGGUGGUGGCCACGGACGAUCUCAGUGGACGAAAUUUUGACACUGUAAAGGUGCUUCAUACGACCAGACUUAAUGGUCGGGUACAACCUAAUAUUGAUCAAUCAAUCGAACGACAUCAACUCAAAACAACAGGAACACAACAAGAGGGACAAGCGACGAAUCAUAUUGUUGGCGACAGUUGCCGGAGCGUCAACGGCUCAUUUAGCGAUGAUUUCGACUUGGACAAUCCCUUGCAUACUGCUAAAACGCUGCGAACAGCUAAAUCUAAAGGCGAUCAAUUCAAGGACACUGGCUCCGUGUGCGCGCUGUGUCGAGGCUAUUGGCGAAUUAUAAGACAGUAUUUCAAACAAUAA